AUGGUCAGACUUGAACUACUCAACGCUUUGGUGAAGGUAUUUUCAUCAAGGCAGAUUCAUUUACCACGCAAGCCGAUAAGUGAGACCAGUCUUCCUUAUCCGCUUGCCUCAGACGUAUCCGUGCAAGAUUUCAACUCUUUCAUCGAAAGCAAAGACGGUAUUGGAUACAAGAUUGAGUAUAAAAACGGCACUGUAUACAUAGUUGAUAUGCCCACAACUGAACAUGGGAAAGUUGUUUUUCUGUUGAGCAAAUGCUUCGAUGUUCCAAACGGUGGCGUUCCCGAGUUUAAUUCUCCACUACAAAUUUCUGGACAAGUCAAUUCCUCUCAACCGGCAGAACCAGAAAACGCUAAUUCCUCUACCAAUUCACUCUGGCUUGGAGUAGAGCUCGAUUGA